CGCAUAAUUCGGUUCCGCCCGGCCUAGGAUAAGGUAGCUUGGUUCCUUAUCGGCGAGAUUAGGUCGCGAUAACGUCCAAAGAGGGGCAAUUCAGGAGUUUACCCCACACAAUUUGGGCGCAUAUCGGCCUGUGGUCAGAUAUCAGACCUAUCAACAUCAUCGAGGAAGCACCAUCCACGAGCUUCUUCCAUUUUGAUAAUCGGCCGAAUCGACGACGCUCCGCGGUCGAAAAGCGAUCUGUCUCAUUUGGCGCUUCAUUGAUUCGGGCCCUUGCAAGUCUCGGACGACUCGGCGAGACCCCGGGCGACACGAAUCCCUGCCUGCCCCGAGCUCGGCCCUUGAGGUGAGGCUGAGGUAUACGACAUCAUAUACCCGUGCCCGGCAGCUAUCAUGGAUAUCACCACCCUUAUCGUCUCCUCCAGGGAGCAGGCUAUGCUGGAGGGUGGCUAUUCAGCGUAUCGGACUCAGCUGGCCGGCCGACUGCGCAACUGCCGGAAGAGGCUCAAUAUUGCGACCAAGAGUCGCGCCAAGUAUCAUGCCCAGCCUCAGCUUACCCCUGAGGCUGUGGCUGAGAACAAAGAGUACCUUCACCUUCAGAUAAUGACCGCCGAGCGCGCCUGGGCCCAUGCAAUGACCAUGAAGUCAGCACAUGCAGCCGACAACAAGGGCAUCACGGGAAGCACUCGCUCACACAUUGUUUCCCGCCUACACAAGGCUGCCAGGACGGCUGAGCAACUGGCCGAGGUGCUGGGAGGAGAGGGCAGCGGCGCCAACCAAACCGAUGUACUAGAGGCACGUGCGUAUGCCGCGCUACUCAGGGGUGCCGAGCAGCUCGAGAAGCACAGCUGGGAGGAAUGUCUGAGGAGCUACUCGAUCGCGCGCAUAAUCUACAGCGCCCUGGCAUCAGAAAGUAAGAAGGACACCUUCAAGGACCUGUUAUCUGAAACCAUCGAUCCGUCCAUUCGCUACGCGGCUUAUCAGCUCAAGUCGCCGAGGUCCCUCACAAUUCCAACCAUCGCCCGCAAGGCUUUUCCGAAAGAUGAUGAGGACCUGAUUUCCAUCAUUCAGUCGGUUAACCGUGAAGCUCUUGAAGAUACAGAGGGAGACGCGAAGAUGGGAGCCACUAGCCCGACUACUAUAACUUUCAGGUCCCGCGAAGUUCGCAUCGAGGACGCCGCCAUAGCUACUGCUUGGCUUGCACUCCAAGAUGCAAAGGCCACUUUGGCUGAAAAGCUGUCGGCUGGGAGCUUGUCGCCCAAGGAAAUGGCCGCUGCCUACGAUGAUGUUCUCGCCGCAAGCCAGGACUCCGUCGAUGCCACUAAGCAAGCCAUCGACGAGUUGAAGGCGGAUGGUGUUACACAGGGAGAUUCACGCAUGCAGAGCCUUGCUGUCACCAGGACAGCAGUAAACUAUGAGAUGAUCAGCUGGAGGAUCGGCCGGAACCGCGUUCUUUCUGGCGAGAGGGAUGGUGCAGUCGUACAAAAGCACACGCACUCGAAUAAAAGAAGAAAGCCUAACGAUGGCGAGGCUGAGCGGCCAAAGCCCGAACCUGUUGGCCGCCAGCUUGCCAGAUUAAAAGAGAAAACGGUACUUUAUGACGGCAUAAUGCAGAGUCUCGAAUCUAUCAAAGAGCUUCCUGGCGUGGCCGCUGAUGACGAGCUAUCUGCACGGUUGAACGCUACCUCGAGCUAUUUCGAGGCUCUCAAGUGUUUGGCCAUUGGGCGGUCCCACGCCAUCGUCGGGAACCUAGUAAACUCAUUGGCUCUGAUAAAACACGCCUUGGAACAAGCACAAGUGGCCGUUUCAACCCUCGGAAAGCCCUCAGGUUCAGCAAAUGCACCGUCUCUACGUAACAUCGACGUGUCCCCGCAAGACGUACAGUCUCUCGGCGAACUCCUUGAAGGCGAAGUGCAGCGCUACCGAGCGCUAGUUGACAUUGACAACAUGCGCAAGGAAGGCAAAAUUACAGCAACGGACGACCGUCUGCAGCCAUUGGCGGACAAGCUGUCACGCUAUCCUGCUCGUGAUGUCGAUCUGCAGAAUAUCGUUGCAUAUCCUCCUGCCCUGGGAGUGAUUCCUAUGAAGCCCAUCUUCCUGGAUCUUGCGUUUAACUACAUUGAAUAUCCGGAUGAUGGGAAGAAGUCAACAGCAGGGGCAGGCGAAAAACCUACAGACAAAUCUUCGCAGCAAUCUGAACAAAAACAGCAAAAAAGGGGAUGGUUUGGUUUUGGACGAUGACGAAGGCUUCAGUCACGAGUCUAAAUGCAGUGGAUGAUACGAUGUGAUGGCGGAGCCAGCGAGUACUUGGUGAUACCUUCAGGGGGCGACUCGACGACUUUGAAAAUUUUCCUUUGGAAGGUCAAGUCGAGUAAGCUCCAUAAUGAGAAAUCAAUAAUUCUUCGCUGAUUGCAAAGCCAUUCAUUAAAUCUCGCAAGCUAGCAAGUCCCAGGUGGAAGGACUCAGAUUUGGCAGUUGUUUGUAAAAUUCUUAUCCUGGAACGUCAAUAGCCUGUGCGUUUAUGUCGGCUUUUCACGGAAGCACAUGCAAGCCCUUCAUGGACCGGGGAUCUGGGGGCAAAGAAAAUUCAGCUUAUGUUGGCUGUCUUUCAGGCCCAUAGGUUGAUAGGCCAACAGUGUGAAUCUCGUCUACCAGAGUAUCCGAGGGCCAUGACCCCGGCACCAACCCUUCCUCAAUCUUUUGGUUCCAUGUUUCUAAUGUCCCCAACUUUGCCAAUCGAUAUGGCGAGCCUUGGGCCGUGGCUUGGACGUACUUGUUGGACGCUUGGCGACGCCUGUAGCCAUGGUCUCAUCAUAAAGCAUACAACUUUCCUGGUAGAGAUAUCGGAUCCUGACACAAGUUAUUUAAACGCUGAUUUCCGGCCGCUUGUAAGCCUCUAUCAGAGAGUAGGGAGGUCAGGCCCCCAGAUACCUGACCUCUUAUGGAUCGCAAAGACCUCCAGAUCCCAAGUAUAAACGGACGAACUUGUUAUUGUGUCUGACUGGUGCGAGAUGUCGAAUGGAAAAACAACUUCUGUCAAAUGAUCAACAUUAAACUUUUAUAAUUGGCUAUUUCUCACUAAGUUUUAUGUAGUGCCACGAAUAGCCUCUACUAUUUGGCUUGCGUAAAUCGUGUUAACGCGCAUCCUGCAUAGGUGCUUAUAUUCCCUAUACUACAUAGUUACCGCCUGCAAGACAAAUGUCUCCUAUGAAAGUGGAGCAGUCCUACUGCCACGUCCGGUAUCAUAAUCGCUAAAAUAUAGGUGUAC